AUGUCGUUGUUGGUUGUUGGUGGUGGUGGUGGCGGCGGCGGCGGUGGUAGUAUUGAAGAGGAAACAAGAGGCGGCCGCAACAAUGAGAGCUUUCUGCAAGCUACGAUAGCUACCCUGGUUUCCCUUGUCGGAACUUGUCGGCUGGAGAGGAGUUUCCACGGCGCGCAAGCUGUAUCCCACGAUGAACUUUUCGACAGGAGACGUGGUGCGGAUGGACAGAAGAAAAAAGAUGCGAACGGACGGUCUUACUAUGCAAAUAGAAGCCUCAACUUAUCAACUUGGGAUUUUCCUACUUUCAAUGACGCGGCAUUCCAGCAGAACCAACUAACUACUAAGACUCCUCCACGAAGCGGAGUGAAGAGGGCACCCGUGAGAGUCCUGAGGUUGAACGUGGUCGACGAGACCAUCCAGCUGGCGACGUCCAAGAGCGUUUGCAUCAUAUGGUCGCCUCCUGCAACGGGCAAGACCUCUUUGCUUGAUCUGUUGGAGGAUACUCUCGAGACAGGUGGUGUGAAUUCUGUGAAGCGUCUCAUCAUGAUUGAAGAAGCAGAAGCAACCAAAAACACCGAGGGGCUACUUAAGUGGUUGCGCGAGGAGCUUGGCGUGACGAAGGACUUGCCAGGAGGAUACUCGGAGCUGAAUCCAAACAAGAAUACGUGGAUCCUGAUUGAUGAUGCACAAUUGGUUUACGGGGAAGCCUGCCGUGGAUUUUGGCUGGCUGUUGUCAAACAUCUAGAAAACUCCCCUGUCAGAAACGUUUACGUUGCCAUUGCUGCCACUUAUGAUUUGAACUCUCAAGGCUCAACCCCUAAUAGUUUCCGGGACUACCCUCAUGUGAAGGAUGUUUUUAAAAAAGUUUACCAUGGAAGAGUCUGA